AUGGCGCUUGCUUUCAUCCGCUCUGGUGGCAUUGUCAAACCAGCGCUGGUAAAGAGUGGGGGAUUGGUGAUCUAUGAAACCCUCACUGAUGAGUGCCCUGACCGCUAUGAGAUUGGGAAGUUGUCAAAAGACCAGAUCCUUGCUAUUGCUGUUCGUGGGAAUUGCGAUGUUCAUUUCAAGGGCAAGAAUAAGGAUCAGAUGGUUGAACUCCUCACCCGUCAUUGGAACACUAUCCUUCGUAAUGUGCGCCGUGACUUUGGUGUGAGGGCAAGUGAGACAGAGACCAAUCCAAGUGGCAGUGCUUCAGGUGGUGGAUAUGAAGUUCAGGUGGAAACCCCAGCAGUCCCAGAACAAGGCAGUGACACUUCAGGGUCUGAUGAUGAUGGUGAUGGCAUCCCCAGUGAAAUCACUGACACUUCAGAUGAGGAGGAAGGGACACCCCGUGACAGUGAUGAUCAGACCUCACUCAUGGAGUUUCUGGGCUUUGACUUUUCCGACGCCUUUGAACCUGAUGAGGCGACUGAGGAGUUGGCAUUGAGUGCAUCCUAUAUGACGGUCUGGGAUGACGCCAUUGACUUUACCAAGGUUGAGGUUUAUGAGUUGCGUGGCAAGUUUCUCUUCACUUUGAAGAUGCCUUCCAAUGCUCUGAUCGGUGAGUUGAAGGAGGAAAUCAGCGCAGUCAUUGCAAAGAAGCAAGGCGAGGAGUGUGAGCAUCCUUUGACCCCAGAUGCCUUUGAGUUGAGGAAUGCAAAUGGGAUCUCGAUGGCAAAUGUGGAACCUUUGUCAUUCUAUGUGACAGCAGGCAGUGAGACCUCAUGCCGUGUUUGUAUCAAACUCCUUUUGAAGGGUGGUGCCCCUCGUGUCAAGAAGAUGGACAAGGAUGAGACAAAGUUGAAGCGCUUUCUGGCAAAGAUUGUUGCAGAUGUCAAGGGCAUCAACCAUUCUUCCAUGUCCAUCCAGAAGUUGAUUGCUGGUGCUUCCGUUCAGACCCUUCAGAUGGUCUAUGACGACAUUAACCCCCAGAGCAAAUUUGGGAGGAAGUCCAACCACCUUUUGGAGGACACUGCCCAUACUUUGUUGCCUUCGCUGUCAGCAUUGAAUGAGGCAAUGGACAUACCAUCUGACCUUUACCUGUCAGUGCUUACCAAGUUCAAGGAAGCAUAUGGCGUCGAAUACCAUGACAUCACCGAGAAAGAUGCCCAGUUCUCUCACAAGAAAUUCUUUGACGCAGUGGAUGGGAUGCUGAAGAUGAAGAAAGAGGCAGAGAUGGAGGCAAUGAAGUCUCAGUUUAAGGCAGAAGCUGAGGCAUAUGCAAAGAACAAGUUUGAUGAGUAUGUGAAACGUGCUCAGUCAUCGCAAGAUGUGCCGAUGUAA